CAUCCUUUGACUUGUUGAUAGCUUGAGACUACCAAGCGCUAGAAAACGUUGGAAUAUGGUUGUGCUUACUGCAGCGUUGCCGUCAACGCAAAGCCCGUUUGUUGGUUUCACAAGUCAUUCGCAUUGUACAAGAGGUGGUUUUGGGGUUCUGGAUCGAAUCAGUUCUUUGCCACCCAGGCCAACUUCACUCUUCUCUAGAAAGAGCACUUCUCUGCGGGCAAGAUGGGGCCAGUCUCCUAAUGGAAGAACAACAGAAAGUGCGGCGUUGUUCUGUCUUCCAGUGUUUAGCAACAUUCGCAAUCAGAUGUUAUGUAUAAAGCAGGGACGAGCUAUUCGCCCAUUAGAAGCCACUGUUUCAAGUGACGGAAGGCGCCACCAGCUUAAAAGGCCGAUGCUCAAAGCUACGAUCAGCUUGCAGGAAAGCGGUCCUCUGGAAAGUCAACGUGAAGAAAUGAUCCAGAAGAUUGACCACCACCUCUCGGACCGACACAUCGACCUCGACCCAGCGGGCUACUUUCUGAUCCGGGUCGACCGAACCACAAAUGAGAUUGUCGCCACUCACUUUCGAAAUACAAUAAAUGAACGGGGCCUAGCGUGCGAUCCUGAGACGGGGGAAGUCAUACCUUGCGACGGAAGCUAUCGACCACAAGCCCAUCGGAUAUACCGCGGACGGACGGCAAAAGAGUUGAGUGUCAAGAUCAUUGAAGAGCCGGAAUCAAACAAAAGACCUUUGACUAUGCUCGACCAUGCUAACUACCUAGGACGGGAGUUUCAGAAAGCAGAGUUUGCACUACUCUCAGGGCAGGACUACAUACAAGAUUGAAAAAUGGUCCUUGGGUGUUUGGACGGUUGCGACCAAUGCUCUUCAACUAUGGGUACAGGGAUUGCGCAUCUUACUGAGUUCUGAUGUCUUGGUUUAAGACGACUCUGUCGUAAAUUGCUCAAACCAGCAGAGCCGUCCUUGUGAUAAUAUAGCAUCUUGCGUGAAAGACGCCUGGACCGGUGCCGGUCCAGGCGGAAAGUCCUGUGUCAACAGCUAGAAAAAAGCUUAACUGAGUGUUAACAAAAGGUAUACAUUUCAUAUCAAGCCGUUACCUGCUUCGAUCAAGUAAAGCUAGCAUGCAGGCCCGCAGCUUUGAAAAUGGUCCAAUCGGCGUGUAGAAGGAUCAAUGUAAUCAGGUUUUCGUUUGAAGCUUAAUACAACUGGAUCCAUUUGUUCAAUGAUUCGUAUAUAUACCGUACACUUCAUGGUCG